CGCAAUGUUUGGUGAUGUGGCUACGUGUUGAAAUCAGAGCGCAGGGAAACACGCACUCGAGCGCAGAAACACACGUCGGCGGACUGCGCACACACAGCCAUCAGGGCCGUGAUGCUCAGUCGACUGGCCCAAGGGGUCAACUCUGUCCUGCAGGAGCUUUCAGGAGAGGAAAACCCUGAUGGAGACACCCAGGAUGAUGUGGCCUUACAGGCCCCUGCUGCAGAUGGCGGGGCCCUGGGAGGCCCCGGGGAAGCGGAUGACUCUGCAGAGAGGCUGGCUCAGAUGGAGCAGCUGGUGGUCCAGCUCAAGGAGAUGAUACGGGAGAAGGACAACCAGCUGACCGUCACUGAGAGACAGCUCAAGGAAGAGAGAGAGGCCAGUGAGGUGCGUUUCACCAAGCUCAAGUUGCAGGCUAAGGCAAAGGUGACAGCCCUCAGCAAGCAGAUCUCUGAGCUAAAAGGACAUGAGGGUUCCUCCAGCGUCCAGAGUCCGGACAGUUCUUUUACAAUGCCACCUGGCAUGGAGGAGGAGCUUCAGCAGCUUAAGCUCCGCCUCCAGGAAGAAGAGUCAACAUCUCGAGUGCUCCGAGAACAGCUUGAGAGCACGGAGCAGCAGUUACAUGAGAAGGAGGAAAAGUAUGCUGAACAGCUGCGGGUGCUGCAGGCAGUCGUCUGCGAGAAGGACAUGCGCUUUCAGGAGCAGGUCCAGAAACACGAGGAGGAGCUGUUGAAGGCCACAGCGCAGACGCAGGGCAGUGCCGACCUGCAGCAAGCUCUACGUGUGGCUCAGAGGCGCAGCGAGGAGCUAGAGGAGGCUCUUCGGUCCCGUUCGGAGGUGCUGGAGAUGCUGCAGCAGGAGCUCAACAGUGCAGAUGAGCAGAAGCAGAUCCUCACAAUGCAAUUCAGGCAGAUGGAGCAAGAGCUGGCUGAGGCCAGGAGGCUGCGGGAGGAGGACAGACAGCAUUGGGCAGAGGAGGCCAGCCGGGCCCAAGCAGAGCUUGCUGCUCUAAUGCAGAAGCUGGAAUCUGAGCACGGAGAGAGAGAAGAGAUGACAGGGAAGGAAAAUGAAGUUGUGGUCAGAAUGGAAGCUGAGCUCUCUGCCAUGAAAGAGAAGCUGGAGGUAGCAGUGAGGGAGAAGGAGGAGGUGGAAAUGAGAAUGCAGACCGAGGACAAAGAAAGAAGAGCACAGAUUUCAGAACUCGGAGCAAAGCUAGAGGCAGCAGAAAGAGGCAAGGUGGAGAGAACCGAGGCUGAGGCAGAACAGAGAGAAGCAGAGCUGAAGCAGUUUAGGGAGAGGUUGGAGGCAGUGCAAAGAGAGAAGGGGGAAAUGGAGAAGAGAGUGGGGGCUGAGGCACAGCAGAGAGAAGCAGAAAUAGUGGUGCUGAGGGAGAGGCUGGAGGCAGCAGAGCAAGGGAAGGAGGAGGUGGAGAAAAGAAUGGGGACUGAGGCAGAACAGAGGGGGACAGAAAUUUUGGAGCUGAAGGAGAGGCUGAAAGCAGCAGAAUCGGAGAGGGAGCAAGUAAUACAGAGAGAGGGGGCGGCCAUUGCCAGGCUACAGGAGGAGCUGGCUGUUUUGAGGGAUGGGAUGCUGGUAGGACAGGAAGUGGAGAGAGUGGGACAACAGGAGACACAUGUGCUGGCAGAGCUAUGGAAGGGACUUUCCAUUCUGGCCAGAAGGGAAGAGGACAGGGAUAAAGAUAACCCUCCUGUGCCCACUGACUUGACCCAGUGUGAAAUGAUUUUGCGGACCUUGGAGGCCAGGCUUCUAAAGCUAGGGACCGAGAAGCAGGAGAGCGAAGACCGCUGUGCCCAGAUUACCUUUUCCAUGGAGACCCUGCAGGGAGAGCUGGCUGAAAGAAUGGUUGAAAAGGAGGAGUCACAGUCCCGAAUACAGCAGCUUGAGCAGGAGAUUCUUAAACUACAGGCUGUGGAACACUCCCCUCAAAUCCUUGUCCCCAGCCCUGCACCAGAAGAUAACAUCAGUGAGCAAAAAGAAAAACUUGAGGGACCUAGUAUGGAAAGCUUCGGUAUGCCAGAAACGGACUCUGGAGACCAUAAAUCUAAGAGCUUGCAGCUAAUGACUCUGGAGCAGCUGCUGUCAGAGAAAGAGGAGGAGUUGGCUGCUUUGCGUGCCCGUCUGGCAUUAGCUGAAGAACAGAAUUCCUUGCUUGACAGUGGGGAUGUAUCGACAUCGUACCAGAUCCAUGAUACUCCCCAAGCGACACAGGACAAGACGGAAGAGUUGAUUGACUUUCCUGAAGACAUUCCAGACGAGUGGAGGACACUGAUAGCAGAGAAACCAGCCUUAUUACCUUCUGCUUUUACUGAGAGUAUCCCAGAACUUAUUAGCCUACAUCCAGAAUCCCUAGAGGAAAGAGAAGUAAAAGGCACUUCUUCUGAUGAGAUGGUUACAAGCACAGACUCUGAGGUGGCCCACAGCAGCUGGACGCUGUUAGAAGCUGGAAACCAGGAUGGUAAUCAGGAGUGGCCUUCUUUUCUUCAAGACUUUGGUCAGCUACCCCAUCAGUCCUCUGAGCAGCUCAUCACUGUUCAGAAUAUGUCCACCACAUCCUCAGUCCAGGUUGAGUCAUCUUCUGUUGUUAUGUGUGAAAGUGUUCAUAUUCAGGUAACUCAGCAAGAACAAUCAACCAAUGAACAGGAAUUUGCCCAGGCUCUAACAGAGGAGCUGCAGGGGAGGAGCAGUGACCUUUUGGCUGAGCUCCAAAGACUGAAAGAACAACUGUCAGACUCACAACUGAGAACUCAGAGUCUGGAAGAGGAGCAGCGGUUCUUGAUUGUAGCUAAAGAGGAAGCCAAAGAACGAGUGCUGGAGUUGGAGGAAGCACUGAAAAUAGCUAAGGUAGAGCUGCAAGAGGUUAUGCAGCAGAAGAGUUCUGAGGUGGAGAGCCAGAAUGUAGAAUGCAGAGUACUUCAGGAGCAGUUGUUUAGCCUUCAGACAGAAGCUUGUUCAAAGGACCAGAAAAUUCAUGCCCUGCAGACUGAUGUGGAUGAAGCUCGCCGCUGCCUUGCUGAGCAAGAAGAUCAAGCUAGAAUGCUCAGUGCCCAAUUAGAAGAGAAGGAGCUGGCUGCAUCUGAGCUGGAGAGGACACUGAUGGACACUCAGUCUAAGUUGCAGGAUGUAGAGGAGUUGCAGCUGUGCCUUGCCCAGAAAGAGCAGGAAAUGAUGGAGCUUAGUGAUGCAAUGAGCACUAAGCUCCAUCAGGCAGGGGAGGAGAAAUUAUUGAUAAACAGUGAGGUCACAGAAUUAAAGGGCCAAGUGCUUGAGCUGGAAAAGUCUUUGGAACAGGAACAGAUAAGAAGAGGGAAUCCUCCAGAUGAAAGUGAGGAACUUAAAAAUCUGCAGAAGGAUAAAGAAGACUUGAACAUUCAGGUGGGUAAAAUGAAGAAGGAGGGAGAGCAAAUGAAGAGGAAGCUUCAGGCAGCCCUAGUGCAACGCAAGGAACUGAUGAAGAAAGUUGGGGAGUUUGAAAAAGAAGUAGAAAGAUUGAAAGAACAAGGUAGGACAGGUGUGGAGGAAAUGUGUUCUGAUACUUCAGGUAAAGAAAAAGGGGAAGAGAGAGAAGGAAAGCAGGACAUAACAGGACUUGAGACUGCAUUGGAAGAAGCCACUCAGAUGUUAACAGAAACAGAGGAAGCUUUUGAAACAUUGGAACAGAAGAUGGUUCAGAAAGAUCAGUCUUCUUCUGAGGCACUAGAAGUAAAUCAGAGACAAAUCAAGGAUGAUGAAAAUGCAAAGACCCAGGAUGAGGAAUUGGAACCCAGGGAAAACUUUGCACAAGAGAAGAUUUUGCUCCAGUCUCAGUUAGCCUCCUUGGAGUCUGAGCUUAAUAUAGUGCAGAACAAGCUUCAGGAAGCCAUGGAGUCCAGAAAAGAGACAAUCCGCAAAGCAAAAGAGAAGGAUCGCCAUCAUCGAGAGCAACUCAAGCAGCAAAAGGAAGAAUACAACAAGCUAUUGGAGCGUUUUGAGGAGAUGAGCACAGAAAGGGAUAAAUUGCUGGAUCGGCUUGUAGAGCUGGAAAGCUUGAGGGGAGAGGUAGAGUCUGAGCAGGCUGCACGCAUGGAGCUAGAGAAACGGUUGCAGGAUAGUCAAGAGUUUCUGUCUCUUAGGGAAUCUGAGGUCCAACAACUGCAAGAAGAACUAAAGCUUCUCAGAGAGAAGGAGAGGCAGAUUGACACACUCUCCUUAGAACUGGAGGAUUUGAGGGAAAAGUACCAGCAGGCAGAUAAACAAGCCGAGUUGUUGAAGGUAGAGGUAGAAGCAACAACUGCUCUGGGACCCAAAGGGGUUGGAGAGAGCAUGGAUUCUCCUAUUUCUCAGCUGCAAGCAGAGGUGGAAGAGUUCAAGCAAUUCCUGAACUGCAAAAACAAUGAAAUAUUGGAGCUGAGUCAGCAGCUUGGCGAGCAGAACUCUAUUCUCCAGAUGAUGCAGGAGACGGUGUCAGAAAAAGAUCAGUUAAUUGCCUCCCUGCAGGAAAACUUGAAAAAUGAGAAAGAAAAGAACCAAAAGUUGGAAGCUGAAAUACCGUUGCGGCAGGAGGAGGAGAAGGGCAAUGAGUCAAAGCUCCAGCAGUUACAGCGCAAACUUCAGGCUGCGCUCAUUUCCCGUAAGGAUGCUCUGAAGGAGAGUAAGAUGCUUAAGGAAGCAAUGGAAUUGUUAGAGAGGGACAAGGUAGAACUGUGCAUGAAAUUGGAGGCUGGGCAGUCAGAGCUAGAGAAGCUGAGAGCAGAGAAGGAGAAACUUAUUGAAGAGGUUGACCGAGCCUUGCUGGAAAACCAGAGCCUUGGAGCAUCUUGUGAGAGUCUUAAGUUGGCUAUGGAGGGUGUGGUGAAAGAAAAAGAGAUUUACCAGCAAGAUGUUGCUGCUGCAAAAGAGCAGGCAGAACAGCUAAACCGUGAGUGGGAAGAGAAGGUUCAGGCAAUGAAGGAAGAGUACGAAACCCUUCUGACCUCUUAUGAGAAUGUUAGCGAUGAGGCAGAGCGUGUACGGCGUGUGCUGGAAGCUGCAAAGCAAGAGAGGCAGGAGUUAUCUGCAAAGGCCAAGAUUCAUGAGGCUGCAAGGCAGGAAGCAGAAAGACUGGUAGAAGAAGCUCAGAAGGAGGUUGAGGCUGUUAAAGAGAAAAUGAGAAAGUUUGCCAAGGCUAAGCAACAGAAAAUUAUGGAUCUAGAGGAGGAAAAUGAGAAGCUCAGAGAGAUGGAGGAGAAGAAAGGAGAAGGAGCAAGAGGGGAUAAGCACAAGGAGGAGCUUGCAGGAGCUAAGGAGGAGCUUGCAGGAGCUAAGGAGGAGCUUGCCGGAGCUAAGGAGGAGCUUGCAGGAACUAAGGAGGAGCUAGAAACACUAAGAGCUCAUUUUAAUGCAACUAGGACUCAGAUGGACAUUUUAGAGCAAGAAGCAGCAAACCUAAGAGAUCAGUUGACUCAGGAAAGGGAGAAAACAAACACCCAGACUUCAGCCCAUAGCCCAGGCAGUGUUUCUCUAGUAGAAGAUACUCUGAUAGCCCAGCAAUCCAGUCAUAUGAUGACUCAAAGCCCUAAGAAGCUAACAGACGGCUACCCACAAGAUUUUGACGAGACCGAUAAAAUGGCAGCAGUGGAUGGCCAGAGUCAAGAUCCUGCAAAGGAGGCUCCCAAGAUGGAACCUGUACAUAUUCAAGACAGUCCAGAGAAGGUAAGGCAGAUCGAGGAGGCAUCGAGAGUAGAGAAGGAAUCAUGGCAUGUACAUAAGGCUCAGCUGACUGCUCAGCUGAUUUCCUUGGAGCAGCAACUACAGGACAGCAAGUUAACAGAAGCAAACCUGAGGGAUGAGAUUGUCAAAUGGGAAGCUAAAUACCAGGAAGUACAGGCCCGCUUGGAGGCAGAGAGGGAUGACCUUGAGGAACGUUUAAUGAACCAACUAGCCCAAGUCAAUGGUAGCAUUGCUGGCUAUCAGCAGGAAGCAGCGGAUGGACGGGAGCGUCUGUUGGAGCUGCAGCGGGUGCUGGAAAAGCUUGAGAGGGAACGGGCUGAAUUUGAAGCUCAAGCUAACAGCGAGAAGGACCGUGCUCUCAGGCUGGAGGAGGACAAAAGGCAAGCCCAGAGAGAGAGAGCAGAAGCUGAAACUGAGGUGCGGAAGCAGAGGGAGCUGGAGCAGAAGCUAAAAUCUGCCCAAAGGGGUAAGGAAGGCAGCCAAAGCCGUGCCCGGCAGUUAGAGGAGCUUCUGCGGGAGAAGCAGCUGGAGGUGAGACAAAUGCAGAAAGACUGCAUACAAUAUCAGGAGAAGAUUAGCGAGCAGGAGAAAGAGGCUAAGGCCCUGCAGUUGGGCAGAGAGGAGGCACAACGAGAACUGGCUGCAGCCCAUCUGGAGGCCACAAAGGCUGUGGGGAAGAUUAAGAAGGUAGAGGCAGAGCUGUCUGCUUGCAAAGUGAGCCUGGAUGAUGCAUUGAGUGAGGUGGCCAAACUACAGGCUGAAAAGCGGGCUUCUGAGGAACGCUUCUUACAGCGAGAAACUGAAAGCAAAGCAGAAGCCGAACGGACCCUUGACUCGGUGAGGUUGCGACUAGGAGCUGAGUUGAAGCAGGCAGAAAUCAGGUUGGAGGACCUCCUGAAGGAAAAGGAAUGGGGAGAAAGGGCAACUCAGGAAGCACGAAAGUUGGCGGAAGCACGAGAGCAGCUGGCUCAGGAGAUUCAGGCAAGGUUAGAUGAGUCUCUAGCACGGCUGGCUGCCUUCUCGCGAUCUAUGUCGUCGCUGCAAGAUGAUCGGGACCGUGUGCUGGAUGAAGCAAGACAGUGGGAGAGCCGCUUCCACAGCGCCCUCCAAGGGAAAGAGGCAGAGCUUCGUGAGGCAGAAACACGAGCUCGAGAUGUAGGGGAACAGUUGCAGAAAGAGAAAGCGCAGUGUGAAGAGCUUCGACUCGUAGUAGGAAGACUACAAGAAGCUGUGGAGAACUGGAAGCUCAAGUACCAAGAACAGGAGAAGAUGUAUGGAGAGAGCCGAGCCACGCUGGAGAAGGAACAAGAGAAGCUAAAGGAGGCCCUAGCCAAAGCAGAGAGCUCCUUGGCCCAAAAGAGCAACUUACUGACCUCCCUUGAAGCUGAAGCAGAGGGGCUUCGCCACCGGGCCCAGGCACUAGAGGAGGCGGUGGGGGAGCUGCAGAGGGAGGUUGAACAGGCUCGGGUAACUCUUAGAGAAAGGGAGGCAGAAGAGAGGAGACUCGUCCUGAGCUUGGAGCAGCUGGAGACAGACCUGCGAUCUUCUAAGACCUUGACAGAGAGACUACAGACCCAGCUUGGGGAGAAGGAGAGGCGAGAGAUGGAGCUAUUGGGAGAGAAAGAGCAAGCUGUAGCACAGGCUGCCGAUGAGGCCCGGCGGGAAGCCGAGGGGAGAGCGUUGGAGGCAGAGAAAGAGGUGGAGUGCAGGAGGGAGCAGGUGCAGGCCCUGGAGGAGAAGGUCCAGAAGGCUGAGGAGGAGAGCAGCCAAAGCAAGGCUCGCCUUGAUGCCUUCACCAAGGCCAUGGGCUCCCUGCAGGAUGACCGAGACCGAGUGCUUUCUCAAUAUAAGCAGUUAGAAGAACGUCACCUACAGGUGAUGAUUGAGAAGGAUGCUCUGAUUCAGGAGGCUGCGCGGGAAAACAACAGUCUGAAAGAGGAGCUGCGGAGUCUGCUGGCCCAAAGGGACGACCUCAAUGCCGAGAAGGCGAAGCUGUCGGCGCAGCUGUAUGGCUACCGGGACGACUUGACCCAGGUGCUCAACAUGAAGGAUUCGCAGCACAAGCAGCUGCUGGCAGCACAGCUGGAGCGCAUUCGGGCCCUAGAGAAGGAGAAAAACCAGGCCCUGGCCAGGGUGCAAGAGUUGGAGAGUGAGCAGGAGCACAUGCAGAUGCAGCUUCAGGACCUGGAAAGACAAAAGGAGGAGGCAGUUAAUGGGAUGAUGGCAACAGAGGUGGAGAGCAGAGUGGAGAGAGAGACCCUCAGUCAGGCCAGCAGCAGCGAGAGAGGAGAGGCCGGUGUACCACCGGAGAAGGAGAAGGAGGAGGAGGUGGUGCGACAGUUGAGAGAGCAGCUAGCGGCCUCGCAGACGGAGAUAACUGCCCUGCAAAAGGAGCUGAGUGCUGAGCGGGAUGGCGACAAGGAACGGAGAGAGGAACUGAGGGAGCUGCGCUGGGAGGGUGGGGUGCUCCGCACGCAGGCAGAGACCGCCGAGGAGCGGGUGGCAGAGCUCUCCCAGGACCUCAUGCGUCUUGAACAGAAACUUUUGCAAGAGAGGGAGGAGACUGCCCAGCUCCGGGCCAAGAACAAGUCCUUCGGGCAGGCCAUGGCUUCCCUCCAGGACUCUCGUGACCAGGCUAUGAACGAGGCCCAGGAGCUACGCCUCCGUCUGGAGGAGAUGAGAAGGACAGGCGCUCAGCCUCAGGUGUCAUCUCCCCAUGCUGGCAGCUCAAAUGAAGUGUGGGCACUGAAGAAUGCGCUCUCGGCCUUGCAGAAUGACAGGGACAGGCUGCUGGAACAGCUGCAGCAGCAGAGGUCUGAGCUCUCUCAGCUGGUCUCCCUCACUGAAGAGCUUGAGGAAGAGAAGAGGAAGGCCGAGGAGGGGCUUCAGAGGGAGGAGGCGCUGCGGGGAGAGAGAAGAGAGGAGCAAGAACGGCUGAUGAAAGAGCUGCAGAACAAGGAUGAACAACUGGAGAGGGAGAGACGGGAGCUGGAGGUGCUCAGGCAGGAGCGCGAGGACUGGCAGGCUCAGGCAGAUAUCUUCAGACAGCAGACCCUGACCACCCUGUCGGAGCGGGACAAGCAGGUUCAGCAGCUCAGCUCCAUGCUAGAAGAAGCCCGGGCUCUGCAGCCAAAGUUUGUAGAGGAGCAGUAUCAGAGAGAGGCAUCUUUUGGAACAGCACUUUCAUCAGAGGGCCAGGUCCUGCAGGCAGAUGGUGGGGAGCUGAGCAGCCAGCUGAAUGACACUCUGAGGGAACUGCACUCGAAAGAGCUGAAGAUUACGGAGCUGAGCAGCAAGCUUUCACAGGUGUUUGAGGAGAAGCGCCUGCUGUCCGCCCAGCUCCGGGGCAGCUCUCAGAGGCUGGGGGAUGCACAGAGCCGCUGCAGCGCCCUCGAGAGGCAACUCCAGGAACUGCAGGAGGACAAGAGGAAGGGCAUCACAGAGAUAGACAGCGCACCUGGAGGCCCUCAGGAGCGCAGUGACCCUCCGGGGUCUGUUGGGUACAGGGCAGAGAUGAAGGAGCUGCAACGCAGGCUGGAUGAUGAGCAGGAGCAGAAACGGGUACUGGAAGAGCAGCUGCUGGCUGCACAUGACCGCCUGAAAAGGUACACGAUGGGUGACUGGCAGUCUGGCGCCGAAGGGACAUUCUCUGAGACGGCUGUCCUAAUCGAGCCACCAGAGGGCGCUGUCACUCGGACUCGGAGUGGUGGCAUGGGACUCAUUCGGAUGCUGCGCAUGGCAUUCUGCUCCAGACAACGCACCCCGCUGCUGGUCUUCCUCUACCUGCUCACUGUGCACGUGCUGCUGCUCCUGUGCAUGGGGGGAUACCUGUAAGACCCCCACCCCACAGCUGAGACUCUGAGAUGUGCCUGUUGGCCUGUGCUAACUAAUUAGUGGACUCACGGGGCCAGACUCGGGAACAAUAUUUUGGAAGAGGUAUGGGUUGUUAUGGGGUCAAGGUCCUGGAGAUGAGCUUGUUAUCUGCACCAAAUUCGUUGGUACAGAACAAAACAAACGUGUCUGAUCCCAGCCAAGAGCCAAAGGGAGCAAUUGUUUUAAUGGCAGAACGUACCUACUGCUGUGGAUCGGUCUGCUAGUCCUAGAGCCCCUUGUCUAAAACGAUGAUGGUGAAAUAAGAAGCACAAAUGCUCUACCUCAGGACAGCUGCUUUGUGUCCGCCAGAAAAUACGAAAAUUUCGGGGAUGUUUUGCUGCAUUAUGUGAAGCAAAAAGUUUGCCGGUUGCCCAUUAGAGGUGUACCCUUUGUUGAGGUCAGCAUCUAAUCAUUUGCUUAAUUACCUUUAAAUGUGGAGCAUCAGCUACUAAGAACAGCUCCGAAAUACAACGUGUAUACGGUGAGGGGCUGAAAGGGAUUAUUUUAAUAAACUACUUUCCAAUAGAACUUUAGCUGUUCUGCUUAUUUUUAUAUUUUUGUGCUUUUUUUUUCUGUACUAAAAAUAAGAUUGUACACAGACAAUGCACUUUAAGCUUCUCUGUGUGUCAUAUGUAUUAGGUGAGUGUUUGCCAUCUGUUAGAAAUAGCUUCAUUUCUCAUAAGCACAACUACUGUGCAGGUGUGUUCUCAGUGUGUGUAAAGGAAAGGGAUGGAAUGGGAAUCUCUGCUCCUUCACUCUUUGAAACUGUUGCUGGUGCCCCUGCUGGUUCCUGUGUGCAUACUGACAUUCCUGAGUUUCUAUCCUGUUUUUCUUGUUCUGCAUCACACCUCUAUCAGAACUGUAAAAUCCGCAUAUAAUAGCUUUACAAUUUAGGUCGUAAUUGGACAACACUAUCUGUGCGUUUGGCCUCCAUAAAGUUAUUUUACUGCUACACUUUUUAUAACAAAACAUUGAAGUGCCUAAUGCUAUGGAUGUUUUGUCCAGUGACGGCUGUAGAUUAUGGUCAGGGUGGCGACUGUAAAAUUUAUUUCUGUAUCAUAAUUGUCAAAACUACUUUGUCCUAUUAACUGUUCUUCCUCACUUUUUAAAAAUAAAGUUUAUUAAUG